AUGCGCUCUUUGACCUGGUACAGCCUUGCUGCCUCGGCAGCGUGCUCUGCCGCCAUUGCGGUCCCCACCAGAAACUGGCUUCAAACAAGCAUCGAGGCCACCAAAAAACACCACGAAGAGUAUAACCUCGAACCCUCUGCCAAUUUUGCCUUUGCGGGCAUUACGACAUUCGCGCAACUACCACAGGCACAGUGCUUGACGGAGACUGGUCCGGUGGACGACAUUUUGAUCCUGGGUUUCCCAUUUGAUACGGCGACGUCAUACAGAACCGGGGCACGGUUCGGACCAAAUGCUGUUCGUCAAGGUUCUCGAGCAGCAUCGCUUGCUGGACAUUACAACUACCGUCAAUCCAUCAAUCCACUCCUCCAAAACAUCUCGAUAGUGGAUUGUGGUGACUUGCCAAUUUCACCCUUUGACAACGGGUUGGCUUUCGCUCAGAUGGAGGAAUGGUACAAGAGAAUCUUGUCUCGUGAAGUCAAGGCCACCGAGUCUGGCGUACGAUCUACAAAGACUGGUCGUGUGCAUCCCCAAAUCGUCGCUCUGGGAGGAGACCACAGCGUCUCUCUACCAAUCUUGCGUGCCUUGAACACAGUUUAUGGCAAAGUAUCGGCGAUCCACAUCGACGCGCAUAUCGAUACUUGGUCACCAAAAGUCUUUGCGGGUGCAGAAGCCGCCAGCAAACAGGCCGAGUUCGCCGACGGAACCCCUUACUACUGGGCCGGCAUGGAAGGGUUACUGACCGAGACCAACGUCCACGCGGGCAUCCGAAGCAGUUUGGACUCCGAGAGGGACAUGGAACUGGACGAGUCAUUGGGAUUUACCACGAUCCCGGCCUCGGAUAUCCUGAAGAGGGACGGUGUCUGGGGGGUCAUCGACAAGAUCAGGGCCGCUGUGCCGCAUGACGAACCCGUCUACGUCUCGCUCGACGUCGACAGUCUGGACCCGGCGUUCGUCCCCGGCACCGCCGGUCCAGCGUCCGGUGGUUGGACCCCUCGAGAAAUCAUCCAGAUCAUCAUCGACGGACUAGACGGUCUCAACAUCGUCGGGGUCGAUGUCGUCGAGGUUCUUCCUGCGUUGGAUCAGGCUGAGAUUACCGGCAUUGCCGCAGCCGAAUUCACUAUCGAGUUGAUCACCAGACUUGUAAAGAACAGAUUGAAGCUGUAA